AUGGCUAAGCUUCUUGCGCUUUCGCUUUGCUUUUGCGUACUGGUUCUGGGUGCCAGUAGCGUCACCUUCAGGCAGGGGGGAGAGGAGAAUGAGUGCCAGUUCGAGCGCCUCAAUGCCCAGAGACCCGACAACCGCAUUGAGUCUGAAGGCGGUUACAUUGAGACUUGGAACCCCAACAACCAGGAGUUCCAGUGCGCCGGCGUCGCCCUCUCUCGCACCGUCCUCCGCCGCAAUGCCCUUCGCAGGCCUUUCUACUCCAAUGCUCCCCUCGAGAUCUACGUUCAGCAAGGAAGCGGAUACUUUGGGUUGAUAUUCCCUGGUUGUCCUAGUACAUAUGAAGAGCCUGCACAAGAAGGACGGCGAUAUCAGUCCCAAAAGCCAUCAAGACGUUUUCAAGGGCAGGAGCAGGACCCAAGCCAACAGCAACAGGAUAGUCACCAGAAGGUGCACCGCUUCGAUGAGGGUGAUCUCAUUGCAGUUCCCACCGGUGUUGCUUUCUGGAUGUACAACGACCAAGACACUGAUGUUGUUACUGUUACUCUUAGUGACACUAGCAGUAUCCACAACCAGCUCGACCAGUUUCCCAGGAGAUUCUAUCUGGCUGGAAACCAAGAGCAAGAGUUCUUAAGGUACCAGCAGCAGCAAGGAAGUCGUCCACAUUAUCGACAAAUUAGACCAAGGGUACGAGGUGACGAACAAGAAGAAAACGAAGGCAGCAAUAUCUUCAGCGGCUUUGCACAGGAAUUCCUUCAACACGCCUUCCAGGUUGAUAGACAAACCAUACAAAACCUAAGAGGAGAGAACGAGCGCGAGGAAGAAGGAGCCAUUGUUACAGUCAAGGGAGGCCUCAGAAUCUUAAACCCAGAUGAAGAAGAUGAGAGCUCGAGGUCGCCUCCCAGCAGACGAGAGGAAUUCGAUGAGAGACAACAACGUGGUAAAUACGAUGAGAACCGCAGACGCUACAAAAAUGGUAUUGAGGAAACCAUCUGCUCUGCCAGUGUUAAGAAGAACCUUGGCAGAUCCUCAAACCCUGACAUCUACAACCCUCAAGCUGGUAGCCUCAGAAGCGUCAACGAACUCGACCUCCCAAUUCUCGGCUGGCUCGGUCUCAGUGCUCAACAUGGAACACUCUAUAGGAAUGCAAUGUUUGUGCCUCACUACACCCUUAACGCACACACCAUCGUUGUGGCAUUGAACGGACGGGCACAUGUGCAAGUGGUUGACAGCGACGGUAACAGAGUGUACGACGAGGAGCUUCAAGAGGGUCACGUGCUUGUUGUGCCACAGAACUUCGCCGUCGCAGCAAAGGCCCAGAGCGACAACUACGAAUACUUGGCCUUCAAGACAGACUCAAGGCCCAGCAUAGCCAACCUCGCCGGCGAAAACUCCAUCAUAGAUAACUUGCCUGAGGAGGUGGUUGCAAAUUCUUACCGCCUCCCAAGGGAGCAGGCAAGGCAACUUAAGAACAACAACCCCUUCAAGUUCUUCGUUCCACCUUUCGAUCAUCAGUCUAUGAGGAAGGUGGCUUGA